UGGAGCCCGGUCACGUGGCCACCGCUGCGCUCGAGGUUCUACUACAGCUGGGAGGGAGCCGCUCGAGAGAGGACAGAGUGCGAGAGGCGGCUGUGCCUGCGACGCUUCGCACAAAGUUUUUUGGAGUAUGGGAGACAAGAGGAGUCCGACGAGGCCGAAACGCCAAACGAAACCCUCCGCCGACGACGGCUACUGGGACUGCAGCGUGUGUACGUUCAAGAACAGCGCCGAAGCGUUCAAAUGCAUGAUGUGCGAUGUCAGGAAGGGCACGUCAACACGGAAACCUCGUCCUGUCACACAGCAGUUUGCUUCGCCCACACAGCCCAAGAAAGAGAAAAAGGAAAAGACAGAGAAGGACAAGAACGAGAGAGAACCAACACUGAAAAAGAAUAGCCACAAGAAAAUGAGGCCCAGGUUAAAAAAUGUGGACCGCAGCAGCGCACAACAUCUGGAAGUGACAGUGGGGGAUCUGACGGUUAUCAUAACAGACUUUAAGGAGAAAACUAAGCCCUCCUCCAGUUCGUCCUCCAGUGCAGCUGGAGACCACCACAGCCAGAGCGGAUCCAACUCAGACAACACAGAGAAGGGGAUCUCCAGAUCCUCGUCCCCGCGAGGGGAGGGUUCCUCACUCAAUGGGGAAUCUCACUAAGAACCUGUGGAUUACGAACGUUACUUCCAGUCUCCUGCACCUAAUAUAUCCAUUUUAAACGAACAGUUACAGGAGCGUGCUUAUGUAUGCCAAGACUUACCGAGACACAGACUUAACCCAGCAAUAUAAGCCAUCUCUCACUACUUACCACAGUUAUAAGAUCAGAAACAUAGGAUUUGACCACAAUACACUCACCCUGGUUUGUUACAGUGCCCAGUAGGUCAGCUUGAGAUAAACUGUAGAAUUUGUAAGCAAUUUUGAUGAUUGAAUUUUGACGAUUUAAUUCCUAUAGCAUGUGGUAGUAUUAUGAAUUGGAUAAGUAUUGUUUUUAUGUUUGGAUUUGGACAUUGACACCCAUUCUUGUUCUCGUCAUUAUCUUAAAUGGUUCAUUUCAUAAACCAUUAUUUAAAAAAAAA